GUUUCGAAGGAACACCGUGCUUCUCCGUACGAUUUCGAGUAAAUGGCACGAAACAAUUACGUUACAUGGUUUCACUCGAAAGGACAACCAUAAUUGCACGGAUCCGUAAUCCUCUCGAUUAUGCAAACGAAAGCACUCUUAAUUUCUACGUAUUAUUAAUUUAUUAAUUUAGAGAAAGUAGCAGGGGUUCGUAGAAAUUUUAAUACGAAAAAAAAAUCUGUUACCAUUUUUUCUAUGUGUUGCAGACUAAGGAUGAGUGUCUCGAGCUAUAAAUUUACUAAAUUAGUAGAACGUAACGUUAAACGAUCGAGCAGCGUCAUUAGAACUAUAGAAACCUUGGCGACGGAAAUCGAAGAGCAAGAUUGGUCGCGUUGUCGCCCUUACGCUGAAAUCCCUGGACCCAAACCAAUACCAUUUUUGGGCAAUACGUGGCGUUUUAUACCGUUCAUAGGUGACUUUAAGAUUCAGACAGUGGAUCAAGUAUCGAAGAGAUUAUAUAAAGAAUAUGGGGAUAUCGUCAAAAUAGAAAGUCUGUUAGGUAGACCAGAUAUGGUGUUCAUCUAUGAUGCGAAUGAAAUCGAGCGUAUCUUUAGACAAGAGGAGAAAAUGCCAUAUAGACCUUCGAUGCCGUCAUUAAAUUAUUACAAACACGUAUUCAGAAAGGAAUUCUUCAGACAUAACGCUGGUGUAAUCGCCGUACAUGGUGAGAGUUGGUAUAACUUCCGGAGCAAAGUGCAACAAGUAAUGUUACAACCACGAACAGCGAAAAUGUACAUUAGCGCUAUUGAGGAGUCGAGCUUGGCAUUUCUUCAAAGCUAUUGCGCGCAUAGCAUUGGACGUUCGAUUGGGUUGUUUGGAUGAUGAUGCCAAUGCGGAAACUCAGAAAUUAAUCGACGCGGUUACAACAUUUUUCAAGAAUGUGGGAAUACUGGAAUUGAAGAUUCCAUUCUGGAAAUUAUUUAAUACGCCUACAUGGUUACAAUAUGUGAAUGCUCUGGAUACUAUCGUAAACAUAACGUCUAAAUACACAGCAGCCGCUCUUUUAAAGAUAAAAGAAGUAAAAAAAUUAGACAAGGAACCGUCUCUUCUACAAAAAGUGUUGGCUUUAGAAAACGACGCUAAGUUAGCUACUAUACUUUCACUUGAUUUAUUCUUAGUUGGCAUUGAUACAACUUCCAGCGCGGUAGCAUCAACUUUGUAUCAAUUAGUUUUGCAUCCUGAGAAGCAAGAUCUUGCUUAUGAGGAAGUGUGCAAUGUGCUUCCGAAUAAAGACAUGCAGCUGAGUGGGAAUCACUUGGAUAAACUGAAAUACUUGAAGGCGUGCAUUAAAGAAACUCUCAGGUACAGGUGGUUUUUCAACAUUACGUGAUAAGUAAUCUUGACAAGUACUUUCCACGCAGCGAGGAAUUUCUUCCAGAAAGAUGGUUGCAAAAUGAUGGUGUGUAUCACAACUUUGCGUCACUUCCUUUCGGUUACGGAAGAAGAAUGUGCCUUGGUCGACGUUUUGCCGAACUUGAGAUGCUCGUUGUUAUUAGUAAGAUUUUGCAACGUUACAAAAUAGAAUAUCAUCAUGAGAAAUUAGAGUAUUACAUUAAUCCUAUGUAUACACCUAAAGGACCGUUAAAUUUCAAAUUUAUUGAUAGAUAAUGAUUUUUAAAUGUACAAAUCAUGACUACCUUUGGAGCACUUUAAAUUUGAGUUCCCCGUCAGGAGCAUACAUAAACGUAACUUUGUACUUAAGUGGUUUAUGAUGGUAUUCCAACUUGUAAGAUCUUAUCAG